CAUGCUUUCAUUUUCCUUUCCAUACCACGACUUGUCUCCUUCGCCUUGAUCUUCCCCGUGUUCCCCAUCUUUUCCCCCAGACUCUCCCACAUCUCUCUGCAAACAUGGCCCAACACCUUCAGAGACCCGGUGCCCCUCUAAGGACACAGUCUGCGUCCAGCUUUGCUGAAGGCUUCAGUGUUGCCCGGAACCAGGUUGACAAGGACAUCAAGGAGCUUGCAGACCUCGAAGAGGGAACCUCACCAGAUUCCGAUAGCAACGAGGCGCCGUCCCUCACUGUGUCUGGCGAUGCGACCCCUGCGAGCUCGUCCACGCCGCUCACCGGGCCAACAACACCAAGUCUCGACCCUGCCGUGGCCGACGACUUUGCCUUUGCCUUCGACAUUGACGGUGUGCUGAUCCGCGGUGGCUCGCCCAUCCCGGAGGCCAUUGAGGCCAUGAAGGAGCUCAAUGGCGAAAACGAGUAUGGCGUUAGAGUACCUUACAUUUUCCUGACCAAUGGUGGUGGCAAGUCAGAAGAGGAGCGCUGCCGCGACCUCUCCAAACAGCUAGAACUUGAGGUCAGCCCUGGCCAGUUCAUCUGCGGUCACACCCCCAUGCGGGAGAUGGCCAACAAAUACCGCACGGUGCUUGUUGUCGGUGGUGAAGGCGAGAAAUGCCGUGAGGUCGCCGAGGCCUACGGCUUCCGGGAUGUCAUCACACCAGGCGACAUCCUCAAGGCGAACCACCACACCGCGCCGUUCCGCAAGAUGUCAGCGGUCGACCUCGCCAACUCGCGCAACCUGCUGGAGCGCGGUGCCAUGUCAGACAUUGUCAUCGAGGCCAUCUUCGUGUUCGCCGACUCGCGCGACUGGGCCUCAGACCUCCAGAUCAUCCUAGAUAUCGCCUGCUCCAAGGGCGGCCGUCUCGAGACCCGCUCCGAGACGUUCGAGGAGUACCCGCCCAUCUACUUCAGCCACAACGACAUCAUCUGGUCCGCCAGCCAUGAGUACCCCCGCCUCGGCAUGGGUGCGCUGCGGUCCAUCGUCGAGCACACCUUCGAGAGCAUCACGGGCGGCAAGAAGCUCAAGACGCACGCCUUCGGCAAGCCUCAGGUCAGCACCUUUGAGUUUGCCACGCGCCUGCUGCAGCAGUGGCGCGCAAACCAGCACGGCCUCGUGGACGGCAAGCCGCCGCGCACCGUGUACUUUGUCGGCGACACGCCCGAGAGCGACGUCCGCGGCACGAAUGCCAUGGACGCCAAGAGCAAGGAGGAGUGGUACUCCAUCCUCGUCAAGACCG